AUGUCAUACGUUGAACAAGAGGAACAGAAGUUCCUGAAGGACGUCGAGCAAGUCAAGAACUGGUGGAAAGACUCAAGAUGGCGAUACACCAAACGCCCAUUCACUGCAGAGCAAAUUGUUGCCAAAAGAGGUACCUUGACGAUUGAUUACCCAUCAAAUGCAUUGAGCAAAAAGCUAUGGAAGAUCCUGGAGGGUAGAUUUGAGAACAAAGAUGCUAGUUUCACUUAUGGUUGCCUAGAACCAACCAUGCUCACCCAGAUGGUGAAGUAUCUAGAUACCGUCUAUGUUUCCGGUUGGCAGAGUUCAUCAACUGCUUCAUCAACUGAUGAGCCUUCCCCAGAUCUUGCUGACUACCCAAUGAACACUGUGCCAAACAAGGUCAACCAGCUUUUCCUAGCUCAGCUGUUUCAUGAUAGAAAACAGAGAGAGGAACGUCUCCGCGCUCCCAAGGAACAGCGCGACAGCCUGCCAAACAUUGAUUAUCUCCGUCCAAUUAUCGCAGACGCAGACACUGGUCAUGGUGGCCUGACCGCUGUCAUGAAACUUACAAAGCUAUUCAUUGAGCGUGGAGCUGCUGGGAUUCACAUUGAGGACCAAGCACCUGGCACAAAGAAGUGUGGACACAUGGCAGGAAAGGUCCUUGUCCCAAUCAGUGAGCAUAUCAACCGACUUGUAGCCAUCCGAGCUCAAGCUGAUAUUAUGGGAACCGAUCUCCUUGCUAUUGCACGAACUGACUCUGAAGCUGCAACCCUAAUAACUAGCACUAUUGACCCCCGGGAUCAUGCUUUCAUUGUUGGGUCCAUCAACUCUAAUAUUGAGCCUCUUAAUGAUCUAAUGGUAGCUGCAGAGCAGGCAGGCAAGAAUGGUGCCGAACUUCAAAAGAUCGAAGACGAGUGGACCAACAAGGCCGGGUUGAAACGCUUCCAGGACGCAGCCAUUGACCAGAUAAAUGCUACUGCCUCCAUCUCCAACAAGAAGGCUGUUAUCGACAAGUUCCUUGCUGAUAUCAAGGGAAAGAGCAACUCGGAAGCCCGUGCUAUCGCCAAACAGUUGACUGGAUCUGACAUCUACUGGAACUGGGAUUCGCCACGAACUAGGGAAGGGUUUUACAGAUAUCAAGGCGGAUGCGAGUGUGCCGUUAACCGCGCCAUUGCAUACGGUCCAUUUGCCGAUCUCAUCUGGAUGGAGAGCAAGCUUCCCGAUUACGCACAAGCCAAAGAGUUCGCUGAAGGUGUACAUGCCGUCUGGCCCGAACAGAAACUGGCAUAUAACCUGUCGCCUUCCUUCAACUGGAAGACAGCUAUGCCCCGUGAUGAGCAAGAGACUUAUAUCCGUCGCCUGGGAGAGCUUGGCUACAGCUGGCAGUUCAUCACCCUUGCUGGUCUGCACACUACUGCCUUGAUAUCAGACCAGUUUGCCAAGGCAUACGCUAAGCAAGGGAUGCGUGCAUACGGAGAGAUGGUCCAGGAGCCGGAGAUGGAAAACAAGGUCGACGUCGUCACCCACCAGAAAUGGAGUGGUGCAAAUUACGUGGAUGAAUUACUAAAGAUGGUUACGGGUGGCAUCAGCAGUACGAGUGCCAUGGGUAAGGGCGUUACUGAGGAGCAGUUCAAGUAG